AUGGUGGAGGAAAGACCUCAGGCUGAGAGCUGGGCAGGGGGCUGGGGAGCCCGACCAGGCUCGUCCCUGGGGCCUGAGCCUCCCGAUCCCUUGUGGGAGUGUGCCCCCAAAACAACAAACUUUCACCCCUGUUGGUGGUUUUGCCCACAGAAGCUCCCUCCUGUUCUCAAUUUGCAAGAACUGGAGGCGUACAGAGACAAGCUGAAACAGCAGCAGGCUGCUGUCUCUAAGAAAGUCGCAGAUUUGAUCCUUGAAAAGCAGCCGGCUUAUGUCAAGGAGCUCGAGAGAGUGACCUCUCUGCAGACGGGCCUUCAGCUGGCGACUGUCAUCUGCACCAACGGAAGAAGGCACCUGAAUGUUGCAAAGGAGGGUUUUACUCAGGCCAGUCUGGGCCUUCUCGCAAACCAGAGGAAGCGUCAGCUGCUGGUCGGCCUGCUGAAGUCCUUGAGGACCAUAAAAACGCUGCAAAGAACGGACGUGCGCUUGAGUGAGAUGCUGGAGGAAGAAGAUUAUCCUGGAGCCAUCCAGCUCUGCCUGGAGUGUCAGCAGGCGGCCAGCACCUUCCGACACUACAGCUGCAUCAGUGAACUGGACUCUAAGCUGCAGGACACCCUGGAGCAGAUCGAGGAGCAGCUGGACGUGGCGCUCUCCAAAAUCUGCAAGAACUUUGAUGUCUCCCACUACACUAAGGUGCAGCAGGCCUACAGGCUCCUGGGGAAGACGCAGACCGCGAUGGACCAGCUGCACAUGCACUUUACGCAGGCCAUCCAUAACACCGUGUUCCAGGUGGUCCUGGGCUACGUGGAGCUGUGUGCAGGCAACACGGAUACCAAGUUCCAGAAGCUUCAGUACAAGGACCUCUGCACGCACGUAACGACAGACAGCUACAUUCCAUGCCUGGCUGACCUCUGCAAAGCCCUGUGGGAAGUCAUGCUCAGCUAUUACAGGACCAUGGAGUGGCAUGAAGCACAUGACAGUGAGGACACGACCAGGGUGGCCGAAGGGGGCGGUACGACGGGGUCUGAGGAGAGCAAUUUUGACCGCAGCUACGUGAGGAAGAAGCUUGAGCACGGACUGUCACGAAUAUGGCAGGAUGUCCAACUCAAAGUAAAAACCUAUUUGUUUGGGACUGACAUGUCAACGUUCAAGUAUGACGACUUCAUCUUCGUCUUGGAUAUAAUCAGCAGGCUGAUGCAAGUGGGUGAGGAGUUUUGUGGCAGCAAGUCCGAAGUUCUGCAGGAUUCCAUCCGAAAGCAGAGCAUUAACUACUUCAAGAACUACCACAGAACGCGCCUGGACGAGUUGAGGAUGUUCCUGGAGAACGAGACGUGGGAGCUGUGCCCCGUGAAGUCGAGCUUCAGCAUCCUGCAGCUUCACGAAUUUAAGUUCAUGGAGCAAUCCCGGUCCCCGUCCGUGUCCCCCAGUAAGCAGCCUACCUCUGCAGCGUCCUCGACAGCUGCCACCUUGUUUGAACAGUACUGCAGCGGAGGGAACCCCUUUGAGAUUCAGGCCAACAGCAAAGACGAGGAAACCGAAGACGUCCUGGCUUCCAACGGGUAUGAGUCAGACGAACCUGAGAAGAGCGCAUACCAAGACUAUGACAGCGACAGCGAUGUCCCCGAGGAGCUAAAGCGAGACUUCGUGGACGAGCAGACCGGGGACGUCCCUGUGAAAAGUGUUUCCCGAGAAACGCUAAGGAGCCGAAAGAAAUCAGAUUAUAGCUUGAACAAAGUCAACGCUCCCAUCCUGACCAACACUACCCUGAAUGUCAUUCGACUGGUUGGGAAAUACAUGCAGAUGAUGAGCAUGCUGAAGCCCAUCGCCUUUGACGUGGUCCACUUCCUGUCUCAGCUGUUUGACUACUACCUCUACGCCGUCUACACCUUCUUCGGCCGUAACGACUCGCUGGAGUCGACGGGUCUGGGCCUGAGCAGCAGCCGCCUACGGACGACGCUGAACCGGAUCCAGGAAAGCUUGAUCGACCUGGAGGUUUCCACGGACCCCCCAGGUGCCCUCACAGCAGGCGAGGAGAGGAAGGAGAAGGUUCCGAGUCCACACCUCAGUCGCCUUGUGGUCCUGACGUCCGGGGACACGCUAUACGGGCUGGCAGAGAGGGUCGUGGCCACGGAGUCCUUGUGGGAAACAUGGUGUGUGUCAGCUUGAAGAGCCGACCUGGGGCCACAAACAUGGAGAACAACCCAAGCCAAGCAGCCAGGCCUGUUUUCAGUUUAGUUUUCCCACAACCUUUUAAGUCUACACCAAGUAACACGGAGUGAUUUUGCGAGGGUGCUCACAGCGGGGUGUGGCCAGGAGAGGUCCUCUGUGCUGGCUUCUGAGAAGUGCGUGUGGGGAACAGCCAGUGCAAAGAUCUGGAGGGAGGAAACAGGAUCAGGUACAGAGGCAGCCCUGGCCCAGGCCAGCAGAGCCUGGAAACGGAAGGUGGGUUUUCAAGGCCCCUCCCCGGGCUUCCUGGCGGGGAAUGGUUCUCUUUGUCAUCCCUCUGGAGACCCUGGCCUUUCUCCAUUUAUUCUUUUCUUCUGCAACAUCCUCUUCCUCUUCCUUCUUUUGCCCCUCCCCCCUCCUUCCACUCC